UUAACCAUUUCAUUGGUUUUUGCAGAUCAUCGUCACUUUCAUGGCUGCAACAACCGGGGAAGUUAAGGUUUUGGGAACAUGGUGGAGCCCUUUCGCGCUACGCACCAUGAUUGCUCUCAACCUUAAGUCUGUCGGUUAUGAGUUGAUUGAGGAGACGUUUGUACCUAAGAGUGAACUUCUCCUUAAACUAAACCCGGUUUUCAAGAAAAUCCCAGUUCUCAUCCAUAACGAUAAGCCCAUUUCCGAGUCUCUCAUCACUGUUCAGUACAUCAAUGAUGUUUGGACUUCUGGGCCUUCCAUUGUUCCCACCGAUCCUUAUGAUCGUGCCAUCGCUAGCUUUUGGUCAUGUUAUAUUGAUGAUCAGUUGGUCUCAAAUUUGCGUGCAAUAUCGGCUGCGGCGGGUGAUUUGGAAGCCAAGAAGGCUGCAAUAGACAAGCUAGUUGAAGGGCUAGUGUUGUUGGAGGAAGCCUUCAAGAGCAUAAGCAAUGACAAGAAGUUCUUUGGUGGAGACACCAUAGGAAACUUGGACAUUGCAUUGGGCAGCUUCAUAGGAUGGUUUAAGGUUGUGGAGGCGUUUAAUGAUGGCGUCAAAUUGUUUGAUGAAACUAAGGUUCCCGGUUUGGUGAAAUGGGCUGAAGAUUUCGUUGAUGAUAGUGCGGUUAAGGAUGUGUUCCCUGUUAUUGACAAGUUGGUUGAGUUUGCAAGGGUGUUCUUGAGCAAAACAACACAAUCUUCUUAGGUUGUUGUUUGGUUCUUUGAUUCUCAUUUUGGUUUUUUUGGUUCUCUAGCACAAGUCAUUGGCUCAUUGCUCUUGUUAAUUUUCUUAGUCUGCCCAUGAGACCUAUGCAUGGGGAAUAAAGUUUAUGCCUUUUAUGCUUUUGAUGAUA